CCGCUUCGGGCUGCUUUUCAAACAUAACGAACGCCAUUUAUGCCGCGCUCGCACCUUGUUUACAACGCUCCACAAAUCGUAGUUGGCACCUUUCGUCGCAACAUUUCCUGUUGCUGCGUGUUGUAAAAAAACGGUGAAAAACUCGACCAAAAAGACGGGCAACGGCGGUGAAGGCGAAAGGAAACACAUACAAACAGAGCGAUGGAGGACUUUCAGAAGAUUGAAAAGAUUGGCGAGGGUACGUACGGUGUGGUGUACAAGGGACGCAACAAGCACACCGGUGAGAUCGUGGCCAUGAAGAAGAUCCGGCUGGAAACGGAGGACGAGGGCAUCCCAUCCACUGCGAUCAGAGAGAUAUCCCUGCUGAAGGAGCUGAAGCACCGGAACGUGGUAUCGCUGAAGGAUGUGCUGAUGGAGGAGAACCGGCUCUAUCUAAUCUUUGAGUUCCUGUCGAUGGAUCUGAAGAAGUACAUGGACAGCCUGCCGCCGGAGAAGAUGAUCGAUGCGGAUCUGGUCAAGAGCUACAUGUAUCAGAUCACGGCCGCGAUGCUGUUCUGUCACCGUCGGCGCGUCCUGCACCGCGAUCUGAAGCCCCAGAAUCUGCUCAUCAACAAGGAGGGCGUGAUCAAGGUGGCCGACUUUGGGUUGGGCCGAUCGUUCGGCAUCCCCGUGCGCAACUACACACACGAGAUCGUGACGCUGUGGUACCGGGCGCCGGAAGUGCUGCUGGGGUCGCUGCGCUACUCCUGCCCCGUGGACAUCUGGUCGAUUGGGUGUAUCUUUGCCGAGAUGGCCACCCGGAAGCCACUGUUCCAGGGCGAUUCGGAGAUCGAUCAGCUGUUCCGGAUGUUCCGCAUACUGCGCACGCCGACGGAUGACAUCUGGCCGGGGGUGACCUCGCUGCCGGAUUACAAAUCAUCCUUCCCGUGCUGGACGCAGAACAAUCUCGCUAGUCAGGUGUCGAAUCUGGAUUCGGCCGGUAUCGAUCUGCUGCAGAAGUGCCUUAUCUACGAUCCGAUGCUGCGCAUCUCGGCGAAGAAGAUCCUCGAGCACAAGUACUUCGAUGGGUUCGAGCGGUGCAACAUCCCGACGGAGUAAUUGUAAUUCCCCGUUUUUUUCUUCCCCUCUUGCGCUGUCAGGUGUUUUGCCAUUCCUUCCUCUUUUUCUCUCUUUAAAAGGUGUGCUCGUGAAUUACGUUACUGAAUUUGCGCGCGUGUUUGUCCGCGUGUGCCGAAUUAUUAGGAAUUAUUACUGUACAUUUUUACACAAACAAAACACACACGCCACCUUUUUUCAUUCCAAACUCUUUCUUUCCAAUCUUCUCCGCCUCGUCGUCCUCGUCGUCGUCGUCUUCGUUUUGUGUCCAUUUUGUUGGACGCAUGUCGAUGUAAAUAUUCGUCUCGCGAAGAAAGGCCCUCGUUUGUCGUGUCCCAUUUUUCUAAAAGCCAUUCCUCCCACCCCCUCCAACACUACUCGACUCUCUGCACCGCUUUUGCGGGCUGUUUAGACACUAGAAAUUGUAAGUAAUUAUUUCACUUCGCUCCGUUAUUAAAGAACAAAUAUUCUACAAAAAUUUAUUUAAUAAACAAUGUUCUUAGUAAAGCGACCAAAAAUCAA